UGACUAAAUUUGCAAAUGGUUAAAGAACAAGCUAAUCUCCCCCUCUCUCUCUCUCUCUCUCUCUCUCUCUCUCGCUCUCUCUUUCUUUCAGUGUUACGUGAUGAUUUCAGACAGAACCCUACGGAUGUGGUGGUGGCUGCUGGAGAACCGGCCAUCCUGGAGUGCGUUCCCCCUCGUGGACACCCAGAACCCACCAUCUACUGGAAGAAAGACAAAGUACGAAUCGAUGAGAAGGAUGACAGGAUCAAGAUCCGAGGAGGGAAGCUGAUGAUCUCCAACACGAGGAAAAGUGACGCUGGCAUGUACAUCUGCGUGGGCACUAACAUGGUCGGCGAGAGAGACAGUGAGACAGCUCAGGUCACCGUGUUUGAGAGACCCACGUUCCUACGACGGCCCAUUAACCAGGUGGUUCUGGAGGAGGAGGCAGUGGAGUUUCGUUGUCAGGUGCAGGGAGACCCCCAACCUACCGUCCGCUGGAAAAAAGACGACAUCGAUGUCCCCCGUGGGAGGUAUGAUAUCAAAUAUGAUAAAGAUGACUAUGUGCUGAGGAUAAAGAAGGCAGCAGCGAGCGAUGAAGGAACCUUCACCUGUGUAGCUGAAAACAGAGUUGGCAAAACAGAGGCAUCCGCCACCCUCACGGUCAGAGCUCGCCCUGUCGCCGCACCGCAGUUCGUGAUCAGGCCGCGGGAUCAGAUUGUGGCACAAGGACGGACCGCCAGUUUCCCCUGUGAGACCAAAGGAAAUCCACAGCCGGCAGUCUUCUGGCAGAAAGAAGGAAGUCAGAACCUUCUGUUUCCAAAUCAACCGCAGCAACCCAACAGUCGUUUCUCGGUGUCGCCCAGUGGAGAUCUGACCAUCACAGCGGUCCAGCGGGCAGACGCGGGAUACUAUAUCUGCCAGGCCCUGACGGUGGCAGGCAGCAUCCUGGCCAAAGCACAGCUUGAGGUCACAGACGUGCUGACCGAUCGUCCUCCCCCCAUCAUCCGGCAGGGGCCAGCUAACCAGACUCUGGGUGUAGACAGUGUGGCUCUUCUGAGAUGUCAUGCAUCUGGAGAACCGGUCCCAACCAUCAGCUGGCUGAAGGAUGGGGUCAGCCUGCUGGGCAAAGACCCUCGCAUGUCCCUGCAGGACCUUGGCAGCCUGCAGAUCAAGGGUCUGCGGAUCUCAGAUUCUGGUAUCUACACUUGUGUGGCAGCAAGUUCUAGUGGGGAAACAUCUUGGAGUGCUUUCUUGGAAGUCAAAGAGUCUGGAAGUCUUGUUGUAGUUAAAGACCGGGAUGAGAACGAGCUCCCAGGUCCUCCUUCCAAACCUCAGGUCACAGAUGUCACUAAAAACAGCGUGUCGUUGUCCUGGCAGCCUGGCCUUCCAGGAGCUUCACCAAUCUCAUCAUAUGUUAUUGAGGCUUUCAGCCAAUCGGUGAGCAACAGCUGGCAGACUGUGUCCGAUCAUGUCAAGACCACCCAGUACACCAUUAAGGGUCUUCGCCCCAACACCAUCUACCUGUUCAUGGUGCGAGCAGUCAACGUCCAAGGCCUGAGCGACCCAAGCCCCAUGUCCGAACCCGUCCGCACUCAAGAUAUAAGUCCUCCAGCUCAGGGAGUGGAUCACAGACACGUGCAGAAGGAGUUGGGUGAGGUUAUUGUGCGGCUACACAACCCUGUGGUCCUCAGCCCCACCACCAUACAGGUCACAUGGACGGUUGACCGGCAGUCUCAGUUCAUCCAGGGCUACAGGGUUUUGUACAGACAGAUGUCAGGGCUGUCCUCCCCAGGAGCGUGGCAGAGUCAGGAUGUGAAGGUCCCCUCUGAGAGGAGCAUGGUGCUCUCGGCUCUGAAGAAAGGCAUCGUCUACGAGAUCAAAGUCCGUCCCUACUUCAACGAGUUCCAGGGCAUGGACAGCGAGUCCCGAACGGCAAGGACAACAGAGGAAGCGCCCAGUGCUCCUCCUCAGCAGGUGACGGUCCUCACGGUGGGCAAUCAGAACAGCACAUCCAUCAGUAUCUCCUGGGACCCUCCUCCUGCUGAACAUCAGAAUGGCAUCAUCCAGGAAUAUAAGAUCUGGUGUUUAGGGAACGAGACCCGUUUCCAUGUAAAUAAGACGGUGGACGCAGCCAUCCGCUCAGUGGUGGUGGGGGGUCUCCAGGCGGGGGUCCAGUAUCGGGUGGAGGUGGCCGCCAGCACCAGCGCUGGGGUGGGGGUGAAGAGCGAACCACAAACCAUCAUUAUUGGUAAAGACUUCCGGGAUGUGAUCAUGAGCAGGAACAACAGCAUCUCGGAGCAGAUCACGGACGUGGUGAAGCAGCCGGCUUUCAUCGCGGGCAUCGGAGGGGCCUGCUGGGUCAUUCUGAUGGGCUUCAGCAUCUGGCUCUACUGGAGGAGAAAGAAGAGAAAGGGUCUCAGCAAUUACGCAGUGACGUUCCAACGUGUUGAUGGAGGCUUGAUGAGCAACGGGAGUCGUCCUGGUCUGCUGAAUGCCAGUGAUUCAGGAUACCCCUGGCUCGCUGACUCCUGGCCGGCCACCAGUCUGCCUGUGAACAGCGGCUCUGGAGGAUCCAACGACCUCAACAACUUCGGCCGCGGAGACGGGAUGCCCAGUGCCCAGGCCGAUAAGACGGGCACCAUGCUUUCAGACGGAGCCAUUUACAGCAGCAUCGACUUCACCACCAAAGGUGGAUUUGGCAGCCCAAGCCCCGCCUCCCAGGCCACGCCCUACGCCACCACCCAGAUCCUCCACUCCAACAGCAUUCACGAGCUGGCCGUCGAUCUGCCCGAGGCCCAGUGGAAGACCUCCCUACAGGCCAAGCAGGAGAUGGCCAACCUGGGCUACUCACUGCCAGACAAGAACUCCUGCAACAACAGUGGGAAAGGCGGAAGGAAGAAGAAGACCAAAGCAAACUCCAAGGCCACCAAGAUGAAUGGCUCUAACUGGGCUAAUGUUCCACUCCCUCCCCCUCCUGUCCACCCUCUUCCAGGCACAGAGAUGGACCACUAUGCUUCAGAGCACCAUGACGGAGGAGGAUAUGAUAGUGAUGGUUGGGGCCCACCCUUGCCUGUGCAGACAUACCUCCAUCAGGGUUUAGAGGAUGAGCUGGAGGAAGAGGAAGAACGGGUGCCCACUCCUCCAAUAAGGGGUGUGGCCUCCUCCCCAGCAGCGGUUUCCUUUGGCAAGCAGUCAACAGCCACACUGAGCCCAUCCCCACGGGAAGAAAUACAGCCCAUGCUCCCAUCCCACCUAGAUGAGCUAACCCGUGCUUACCAGUUGGACAUGGCUAAACAGACUUGGCACAUGCAGGUUGGGCCUUACCCACCCCAGGCCCCUGCACCGCCCGUGGGUUACAUCUCCAGCACCCUAGUGUCUGAUAUUGACACAGACCUUCCUGACGAAGAUGACGAUGAGGAGGAGGAUGAAGGAUAUGAGAUGUCGCCACCAAUUAGGGGCAUCGAACACACGCCAGGCUCCAGCAUGGACAACUUGGACAGCUCUGUUACGGGCUCCAUGGUGAAUGGUUGGGGCUCGGCUUCAGAAGAUGAUGACAGAAACUUCUCCAGCAGAAGGUCUAGUGCCGCCAGCUCCUCUGACGGCUCACUCUUCACCCAUUGCAGUUUUGCACGGGCCCUGGUGGCGGCCGCAGACAAGGCUGGUUACCGUCUGGACGGCACCAGCCUGAGCAAGAGAGAUAAAGGUCUACCUCAUAGACCUCGUCCUGCCAGCCCGUUCUCCACAGAUGGAAGCACGGUAGGCACACACAGCCUGGGUCACCAGCGGGCAGCAAGGCCCACCCGCAAACACAAAGGCCCUGGCACUGCCCCACACCGCCGCGAUGCCAGCGCUGAUGAUCUGCCUCCACCACCAGAGCCUCCACCCUGCCAGACAGCUCGUGUCCAGGGGGCGAGGAACAUGCCCAACCCCUCGGACCGCAAGGCUUCCUCCUUGGAGAGGCAACCCAUGAUGGGCCUGGAGGAGAUGAAGAGUUCCUUGGACCGACAGGCCCGAACCUCACUGGAGCGCCACCAACAAGCCCAGGACAGACUGGGAUCCAUAGAAAGAGGAGAGGAGAGCAGAAGAGGACAGAAAAACGGUCCUGUUUCAGAAGAGGCCAUAUUGCCAUACAACAAACCAUCAUUCCCAUCUCCCGGGGGCCACAGCUCUUCUGGGACGGCCUCCUCUAAGGGGUCAACAGGUUCUCGUAAAGGUGAAGGGACAAGGGGACAGCACCAGCGCUCCACCAUGGAGCAGGGCGAAAGCAGCUACAUGGGGCCCAACGCGCAGUACUCUGGAGAGUUAUAGUGAGCCUUUUUGAUGGAAACCUUUAUCUGUUCUGGAAACGUCUCACCUGCUUGGUGCAAUGGACUCGUGAAGCGUCAGAAGGAAGAAGAAAAAAAAUAUAUAUGAAAAGGACAAACUGUAAAUGUGAUGUAAAGAUGGACAUGCAACCCACAAGAUCCGCAACAUCCCCUUCCCCCCCACCUUCCUCCUUAAACGAUUCAUUCACAGAAAAAAGAAAAAUGUUGAGGACAAAAAAAAAAAAAAAAAAAAUGAUGGAAGCCCUAAGAUCUGAGUCGCCCCGCUUUGGUGAACUUGCGAAAAGGAAAUUGAGUUUCCUGUAAAUAUAUUCUUGAGAUCGGAGAUUGAAAAUGACAUUAUUGUUAUUGCAUUGCUAUGCAAGCCGAGUUCUGGUUCUGCGCUCUCCUCCCUCUUACGCUGUUGGUCGUUUGUACAAUAUGUGAAUUGAUGGGCUGUGGUGCCAUAGAAAUUAUGUUGUCAUCCAUCAUUUGUUAAUACUUCUCAUGAAUUAAUUGUUGUCAUUAUAAUAAUUAUUAUAAUUAAUUAUUUUCUUUUGCACUGCAAUUUUGGUGAUAAGCACAAAACCAUAGCUCCUGCUGACAUGAAGAAUUGGAGGAAAGGAAAUGUGAAGGGGAGUUUCUGUACUGUAACUAGAGAGAAGAAAAUAUAUAACCGUGUACAGAGAUAUAUUAAGAUAUGCCUGCAUGUAUGCUGGCAGAAAGACUUACAGUUCUGACAAAAUGAGUUACAAACUUUCGGCAGUGGGGUUCCUGAGAGAGGAACCGGACUCUCUCUGUGCUGGAAAUAGUCACAGUUGGGUUGGGAAACUGUUUGCAGGGAAAUAUAUCCUAGGUGGUUCUAUUUUCAACACGUCCAGAUGCCCCUACUACUAAAUCUAGUCCACUUGGUCCAAUUGGAACAUAUUUAGGCCAGAUCUUUGAACUACACUGGACUACAGGUACCAACUUUGCCUCUUUCCCUGCUCACGUUGCAGCUUGCUUUUUUUUCCAUUUAGUCUUUAAUUUGGUCCAUCUAAGCAUAGCAAAAUUAAAUGACACCAACUUGGCUAACGUUUGGAGGUGAUUUGGGCUUAAAGUUAAAUUGGGCUUUUUAAUUUUUGAUCUCCACUUAAAAUUUGACGACAAGCACUUGGAAAGUGAGUAAUUUAAAAGCCAUAUGAAUAAGCCUACAAUACCCCUGCCUUCCCGUAAGGUCUCUGCCUUACUCUAGAGGUCUUGUAGACGUCAAUUCCCAUGCUUGUCUAGAGAUUCUGUGUACGUCUCAAAUCACGAGUGGAGAAACAAUUCAGGUAACUUAAUUUAACAUUUUUGUUGAGCACUUAAUGUAUCUUGUUUUUUUUUAUAUAUUUCCGACAAUGUCCCAAAGCCUUGUUUUCGAGUUCUACUUUACCUUUGCGGGGCACUGAAUCACUAAGAUCCAUAAGUAAAUCCACGUUCAUUGGUAUCUUGAUUCAGAUAGUCGUCCUGUCAUCACAUGUGGAAGUCUCAAAACGACUAUCGAGCUAAAGCCAAUAACAUUCUGAAUUUGGUUUUCAAAAAUACGGCAAUAUCUCUCACACGAUUUUUUCACGUCCUUGGUGUGUGCUGUACGACGUCAGUCAAACCUCCAGAAAACGUUUCCACUGUCUUUGGCCAAUGCAUCCAGUACAGUCCAGUUGGUUCAUUUUGCUUGAUGAAAUUUUACAUAUAUAAAUAUAUUAUAAAAACAUAAUGUACAAAAGGCUGCUCAAAAGGAUAUUUUUUACUGUGGAAUCUUCAGGAGUAACUGGUGAAAUGACUGUUUUCUUUCGUUAUUUCCGUCUUCGUUUUUGUAUAAUGUUACUGAGGAGAGCUCUCCCAAACCGGGCUGACGUGCCGUCCCAUGUCUUUCUCUCAAAAUCCACAUCAUUUCAACGCUAGUGUUCAGCUGUUUGGAAUAAUGAGGUGCGAACGAGUAUCUCAGGUGAUUUUACAUCUAUAUCGGUGGUGUUGAUGUGGGUGUAUAUAAAUGUAUAUAUUCAUAUGCAUCCUCACGUAAGAGAGUUCAUUCCAUGGUCGCUAUUGAAACGUUUCUCCACCCCUUGUACCUGAUGGAUUGCUAUGCUCUCUCUUCCUUUUUGGCCCUGUCGACAGUGGAUUUCCAUUCCUUUCUCUUCCAUCUGAAAACGUGCCGGUACACUAAAUGUCCAUAAGACAAAGAUGUCACUUACAGAACAUACCAAAAUUAAUAUUGAUAUUUCUAAUGUCUAAUGCAUUUUAGUGUCUUUUUUAAUACUUGUUUCUUUAAACAUCACAGUGUUGUUGUUUUUUUGUAUUUAUUAAGAUAAUAAAGGUAUAUUGUGAAAAAUGCA